CUGAGCGCGUAUAAGGCUUGGCCACAACUUUAGGAACAGACCAGUGAGUUUUGUGAAUGAACACAAUCUAGUGAAUAGCUUCGCGGAUAUAUCAGGUCAAGGACGGGCAGCUGGUCAUCGAUGCCCUCAUGGAUUACCUAAAGGUCAAAUGGACUAAGCUCAGGCUCAAGUUCCAGAAAAUGUCCAAAUGGAACAUGUCCACCCUCCACUCCCCCAGGAUACAAUGUUGUUGUUGCGCCAUCGGAGUGUUUGCCGCCAUGUUUGGGAUCUUCAUGUUAUCUGCUGGGAUCUGUAUCGUCCUCAACGUCACGUUCAUGGAGGUGGACACCAGCGGCCUGCCACCCGAGCUCCACAACGAGGAGGGCAAGAAGGUGGUGGGCAUCAUCCUGAUCUGUGUGGCCGUGGCCACCCUGGGGCUGAGCGCCACCGUCAGCGUCGUCUACUUCGCCGUCUGCAACAAGAAAUCCACCCGCUCCAUCACCGCCAGCCCGUCAGGCCAGGCUCAGCUGGUCCAGCAGACCAACAAAACCACCCCCACGACGCCCCGACUCCCGGGACAAGCCACGCCUUUAGAACGACCCCGCAGACCAACUCCCCGAAGCGCUAGUCAGACAUCUUUAAAAGACAAACACAAUCGAAGACACUCUUCAGGUUCUACAUCAGAUAGUCUCCCGUUAAGCAGAACAGUCUCCCCGAAAGGAACGUUGACGCCAAAUUCUCGGCAUUCACGAAGAAAAUUGCGACACCCUAAAGACCCGAGAUCUCGUAAAGCUUACAAACUAGACUUAGACACACAUUUCGAGGAGGAAUCAGAAACAACGAAAGUGACAGCUGAUUACCAGAUGCAGCAGAAAUCUGGCCAGUCGUCGUCUAGUACCUCGCUGGGUAAACAAAGCUCACAUGAAGGGGAAUACCCGCAUUAUAACUCCCCGCACAAACGUUCUCUACCACCAGUCAUUGUGGUGGACUCCUACCCCCAGGAAUUCUCCCCGCCGGUUAGCACCAUGUCGUCAGAGUGUGACUUGGCAGAGACACGCUUCAUGGUCUCUUCAGACAUGCAGGACUUUAACGCCCUCCCCGGGCUGAGAUCUGGCUCCCAGGAUGAGCUUGACCACGAGCCGCCGCCGUCUUUACCCUACAACAUCCACGUAAUAGACUCCAUGGACCUGAUCCUGUCUCCCACGCCACCAGAACCACCCCACCACAACAUCCUGAUGGUCAAGUCCAAGAAUGACCACGACCCACCCACCCCCUUCCAGGACAACUCAGCUGACCACAAUGCUGAAAUUAGGGACACGAUCACAGACCUCACCCACUACCAGGGUCACGGUAACCACGACAACGCAGACAGCAGGUGUGAAAGUGUGGCGAGCUACAACUCAGCUUUUUCUUAUGACGAAGACGACCCGGACAAGACAGACAUGGAGCUGGUGAGAGAGAGGAUGAAGAAGUUGUUGAACGACUGA